GAGUAGUUUUCCCAGAGAGAUGAUGAAUAGACUGGGCUUUUAUGGAGGUGAUGCAACCCAUGGGAGGCCACUGACAUUAUAAAAGUGGCUGUGAUAGUGAGGAUAAUAACUGUCAAGCUCAAGUCAUUGUCAUUUUUAUUGUCAUUUCGACCAUAACUGCUGGUACAGUACUGGACUGUUCUGUCUGGCCAGAACGAGGCUACAUUCUCAGAAGUCAAUCAUUUCACUCCGGGUGAGGAAGAAUUUCACAGACGGUUUUGUUUUAGAAGGAUUGGUGAAUCCAGGAAAGAGGAAACACAAUGUCUUCACCUAAAAACAUUUAUUCCUUGGACAAUCCGGCGUUUGAAAUGGAGGAAAACACACCAUCCAAAGCUAAAAAUGAAGAACCGACCAGCUCUUCCAGAACAAAACAGAACCCCAAGGUUGUGAGAGUAAUAACCCGGGGUGCUUCUACAGUAAAGUUGGCAUGCAAAACCCACUCCACAAUGAUUAAACGAUGCAUCCUCGGCUUACUGAUUGCAGCCUUUUUGGGAUUUCUUAUCACCGCAUGCAUCUUUGAUCUUCAGCGAGCUCUCGCCCUCCUCAUCAUGACGUGCAUAGUGGUGUUCUUUACAAUUUACGAGCUUGUGAAAAGGUUGCUGGGAAAGCAGAUCAUAAACUUCUUCACGCCUGUGAGUUCCUUCCUACAGAAGUACAGCAAGUGGUUUAAAUGGUCUGUUGCUUUGUUGGCGCUGGCGGGAUUAAUUACUUGGAUUGGCGUUGAUACUUCAAAAAGACCCGAGCAGUUAACUUCCUUCGGAGGAUUGUGUAUACUCGUCACCCUGCUCUUUAUCUUCUCUGCAAAGCCUCUGGCGGUAUCCUGCCAAGCACUGUUUGUGGGACUGGGCUUACAGUUUGUUCUUGGCCUCUUUAUCAUCAGGACGGAACCUGGCUUUCAGGCGUUUAAUUGGCUUGGAAUCCAGAUCCAGACCUUUCUGGGUUAUACAACUGCAGGGUCCAGCUUCCUGUUUGGAGAUAAUUUGAUCAAUGGCAUUUUUGCCUUUCAGGCAUUGCCAAUCGUUGUCUUCUUCAGUUCUGUGAUGUCCAUUCUCUACUACGUUGGUGCUAUGCAGUGGUUAGUUCUUAAGAUCGCGUGGUUGAUGCAGGUUACAAUGGGCACAUCCGCAACAGAGACUCUGAGUGUCGCUGGCAACAUCUUUGUGGGGCAGACAGAGGCACCUCUUCUCAUCCGGCCGUACUUGUCAGACAUGACCAAGUCAGAGAUACAUGCUGUUAUGACUGGAGGAUUUGCCACCAUCGCUGGGAGUGUUCUGGGAGCCUACAUCUCCUUUGGGAUUAGUGCAUCCAAUUUGAUUGCAGCCUCUGUGAUGGCAGCACCAUGUGCACUUGCCCUUUCAAAACUCAGCUACCCUGAGAUGGAAGAAUCCAAGUUCAAGACCGAAGAGGGAGUAAAGCUCGAUAAGACUGGAGAACAGAAUGUUCUAGAAGCUGCAAGUAAUGGUGCCUCUGCCUCUAUUGGUCUGGUUGCUAACAUUGCUGUGAACCUACUUGCAUUUUUAGCUAUUCUGGAGUUUUUGAAUGCAGCACUCUCCUGGUUUGGAGGAAUGGUGGACUAUCCCCAGCUCAGCUUCCAGAACAUUUGCUCCUACAUCUUCAUGCCAAUCGCCUUCAUAAUGGGAGCAGACUGGAAAGACUCCUUUCUUGUGGCUGAGUUGAUUGGAACCAAACUCUUUCUCAACGAGUUUGUGGCUUACCAGCAUCUUGCCCAGUACAAGACCAGACGCAUGGCGGGUGUACCUGAAUUUAUUGAUGGCCAAAAGCAGUGGAUUUCACUCAGAGCAGAGACGAUAUCCACAUAUGCCCUUUGCGGCUUUGCUAACUUCUCUUCAAUCGGUAUCAUGCUCGGAGGACUCUCUGCUAUGGCCCCAAACCGCAGGAGUGACUUUGCGGAGGUCGUUAUCCGAGCUCUCAUCACUGGGUUCGUCACCUCGCUGGUGAAUGCAUGUGUUGCAGGGAUUUUGUUUGUGCCCAGGGAGAUUUUGGACUGCAUUAGUUACCUCAAUAGCAGCUCCUUUAAUGGGACAAGUUCAAGCCUCCAAGACUGCUGUCAGAAUCUCUUUGGAAGUGUGCUGGUCACUGGAAAUGAAACCUUUGUUUUUGAAGGACAGUGGUCAAAUGUCACUCAGAGUUACUCUUUCUUCCAAAGCUGCUGCAGUCUUUAUAACAACAGUGCACCAUGUAAACAAUACUUCUAACAAAUUUGUAAAUAGAUUUUUUUUAAUUUGUUGUGUCCAGUCAUCAUGUUAUUGUAAAGAUGGAGAUUACCCCAACCAAUUGUCCACAGAACAAGGAAUGGAGUUGCUGGCUUUGUCAUGUACAUGCUGUUGUAUGAAUUAAUUGUGUCCACAGACAUGUACUUUGUAGAACACUUCCCUUUUAUUCUCUACGUGUAACAAACUUGACUGUAUACUGCAACAUCAUCACAGUGUGACCAUGUUCUGAGUAUUUAGCCACGUGGUGGGAGGAAGGGAGUGAAAAGUCAUAUUAAAAUUAACCACAGUUUGUGGUAGCGACAUCAUUGCUAACGACCAAUGAGCUGUGCCAAUGGUAAACAUGUGAUUGACAUGGUGACAGUGAAGAACGGUGGGAAUCGCGACUUCCACUUGAUCAUUCCUGUUGAAGCACAAGCAGAUGAUCUGGAGGAGGAACGCCUACUGCUUUGGUCAUUUCUGUUUAUUGUACAAGAACAUUAAAUAUGAUUU